CCGCACGUUUGUAUAGCGCGCUGCCUCGCCGGUUGCGCAUCGAUUAACUCAUUGCGUUGCGGCAUCGGAACGAAGCACUCGGGCAGCCCCGAGCCAUGGCACCACCCUAGCUGUGAGCAACUUAGCACUCACACAAAUGAAGCGGGCAGCGCCCUCAGCGCGCUUGUUCUUCGUCGACGAACCUGACGGCAGUCCCGUCGCGUCGACGCGACGACUGGCCGACCCGCCGUCGCCGCCGCCGCGCCAGUCGGUCGCGCGAGACCGAGGCCGGGCGACCGCUGCGGCGCCGACGGCGCCAGUCGAUCGACGGCCGCUUUCGUCGGGUCCAGCUGCCAGUAGAAGUCCACGUUCACACCUUCCGCCGGUGGUCGCGCCAAUCGCGGUCGCGCCGGCACCGGCCCCGAUUGGAGCCGCGGCGCCAGCACCAGCCCCAAAAACACUACCCGAGGCCGUGCCGGGCCUGCCGCCGACGGAGGCCGUGCCCGACCUCCCUCCCACAACUCUGGGCCGCUUCUCGCUGCUCCAGAAGCAGCUCCAAGCGCUAGAUGAGGCCGCGGCGAAUGAAAAAGCACAACAAGCCUCGAUCCAAAAGAAACUGCGCGAGGCUAGAAAGGAGCGGGACUUGAGAUCCACAAAAGCCAAGUCGUACCGGCGCGAAGCCGCGCUGGCCGCGAUCGCCGCGAAGCGACUGGAGCUCGCGAUGGCCGACGAGGCCUACGCAAUCGCGGAACAAGCCAAAAAAGAAGCCCGUGUCAAACUGGAGGUCAUGGACCGCGACACCGUCGUGGCUACGAAGGAGCAGUUCCGCGCGACGGCUGCCAUCAGAGAAGCGGAACGGGCCAAAAAACAUGAUGCUGCCUUGGCGUCAAUUGCCGCGGAGACCGCGUCUGUCGCUUUGGAGAAACUGGCCGUCGAGCAUGAGUUAGCUCAAUUGCAACUGCAGAAGCGGGAAGCCGACCGGACCGCGUCGUUGUCCACGGCAGCAUUACUCGAGCGGGAGCUCGGGGACGAGCUCCGAGAGGCGCUGGUGACGUCGGCGGGCUUGGCCGCGUUGCCCCCAGAAUUUCCUGGAGACGACAAGGAAGCAGGUCUGGAGCUAGCCAUGGCCUCGGUCCUGUCCUCGACGGAUGUCACGCCGCGGGCGAAGACCGCACCCGCAUCAGAAGAUCCGGAAACAGAGGCAGAGAACUGUAUAGCAUCCUUCGAGGACCGCGUCAGAGCGCUCGAGGCGGAAGCUGCCAAGUCGCUCGAGGAGGUCAAGUGGGCCGAGGGCGCCCUCAGUGGCCUGGAGGACAUCGAAAAGGCCGGCGACGAGGCCCUCGACGCGGCAGCUUUGGCGCGGGCGCAGAAGCAAGAUAUGGAGAAGCUUGAAAGAAGGGAGGCCGAGACGUAUGGCCACGGCGGCGUCGGCGAGUGGGAUGAUCAAAGGGGCGCGUUGAUCAGGGUUGUGAGAGGUGUGGUGCUCGAGCUUGGACGGGAGUUCAUCACCGAGUUGAUUGGCGAGGUCGCGCAUUCGAUGCAUGACGAAUGCGACAAGGCCCGUUCAUUGAUUGUUGACGCUGUGAAAGGUCUGGUGGAUGGGCGUGAUUUGAGGACGCUGGAACGGGCGCGCUCUGAGUUAUUGAUGAGGAAUAUGAAUAAUGAACGGGCCGUCCCGACAAGAGCCGCGCGACGGUUGGCAUCCAUUGAACCCACUCUAUUAUUCCUGCCGGGACUCGAUGGUUGCAUCCCAAAACCAAGCUUGAAGACGGAUACACCUUUACCUCCGAGGCCGCGCCUUUUAGAGUUAGGCGAGCCCGUCUCGACGAUAUGCUGUAGUCGAGGCGUCACGGUCACUGAUGAUGAGUCUUCAACAGUCUUAGUAGCGGUCGGCGGGCGGCGCGGCGGCGUCGCCAUUGGUUCGGUGGCGCAUCGGCCGAACCCACGCUAUGUGGACGAGGACGACGCCGACGAGGUCGUCGCGUGCCUGCGAGACACGAUCUAUCCUACUACAUCAUCUCAAAUCGUCGCCCUGGGUAUCGGGAGAAGACGACGGCGGCUUUGUGCCGUCGACGCGAGCGGUCUGAUCCGCGUGUGGCGGUUCGACCUCUCACCGACGCUCCAGGUCAAGAAAAUGGAGCGAGAAACGCGCCUCGACGCGUGGACGCUCCAGGCACGGUGCCGGGACCUUCAAGCGCCGGUCUUCGUGCGCGUCGACGACGACGACGAGCUGUGCGAGGCUGGGUGGAAAUCAAAUUUCGGGCGCCCCACGCCAUCGACGCGACGGUGUGUCCCUGACUCUGCUCGACGGCGUAGAGCUUCCACGCCAUCGACGCGAUGCCAUAACCUCGCUCACUGGUCGAUUUCCGCACAGGUUCGAAGGCGAGGACGCGUGGAUCCGCCGCGACGACGCGCCUAGACUAUUGGUCAUGGACUCGCAUGGUGUUGGUUGUAGGUGGCAGUGCCUGCCGGCGCCGCCCCUCCCACCUCAAAGGAAGGGCUGGUUCUGGCAGAAGAAACGUGUUGCCCCGGAGCCGAACGACCGCGGUGUCGUGUUAGAACUACUCCGAGGCGAGGGGGGAAGGCCGCUGUGCUGCUCGACGAAUGUGUCCGUCGAUAGCUACGGCCUUGUGAGUGUGUGGCCCGCCUUUUCUGAGGGUGAUGCCGACUGCUCGGUGCAAAGGCGAGUGUCAAGUGUGGAACCGGACGUCCUCGGCCGCGUCGUGACGGCGGCUCCUUCGUGUUCAGAUAGAGACGCUUCAGUCCUAUACGAUGAGGGGCCACGAGGGACGGCCCUCGCGCAGUGUCUUCGUGGCGACGCGGUGGCCCAGGCGGCACCAAAUGUAUAUAUGAGAGGUGGCGCUACGUACUCGUCAUCCGUACGGGACGGGGCGCUGGUAGCAUUACGGGAACGGGUCGUCGAGCAGAAUGACAGCGCGGAGGUCGUCGCUGCCGCGGCGACCGCGGACGGCGUCGUCGUGCUGUGCCGAAGGUCAAAGCUGCUGACCGCGGCGGUCGUCGAGUGUAGUUCUACAGAAGCGCCGCGCGUCGACGCGAGUAGAAGUGUCGCGCUCCGCGGCGAGGUUGCGGGCGACGUGACCGUGGCCGCGUGCGCGGGCCGCGUCUUCCUUAGAAGGGGCGAGGAGCUGCUGGCCUUUCGGAAGGGGCGGGAGGAGUUUUCCGUGCGCGUUGGUGGAGGCGUUGCCUUGGCGGCUUCAGAGCCGGGCGUCGUCGCGGCGGCUUCCGGGGACCAGGUGGCGGUCUUCGACGUGAGUCCUUGUCCUGGGGGAGGGGUGUUCUAAAAGGUGUGUUGUUA